UAAGGCAGUUAAAGUGCUUGAAACAGUGUUCACCUUCCCUAGGUACGCGUGACAAGACUAGAUCCCUAUCUACUACUGAAAUUUUCAGAAUAUUUGUAGAUCGCGAUUAGUUUUAAAUUGUAUUUCCCAACAUUACGUAUUAAGGAAACAACUGCAAUCGAAAUUGUGUUAGUAUCACCAAUAUCAAAAGAUUUUAUCAAUUUAUCAAGCAAUUCAAGAUCGUAAAUUAAUUAAAAUCACCGUUUUUAUUGUAAAACGAGCAUUUUAGAUUAAAGGAGGUUUUUGUGAAGUUUGAAUAUCCUGUUCGGAGUGAUAGCUUCAAGAAUGGCCAGCGUGGAGAAGGAAGAAAGAGAGAAGGUGGAUUUGGACACAAUCUUGGAGAACGAGGUUGGUCCGUUUGGAAAAUACCAGAUUGUCACCCUACUGCUUGCAGCACUGCCAAUCAUCUCCGCGGCGUUUGCUGCCGGAGAAUAUAUAUUCACGACUGCUAGGAUACCGUCCAGAUAUGUUAUCCCACAAUGCGAUGCUGCAAAUCCUGAGUUUUCUCCGACAUGGAUUCUAAACGCUAUCCCCGGGACUAGUGAUACUAAUUUUGAGAACUGUGAGAGAUACGUGAAUUUGACGUCAGCUGUACAGCAAAGUGAUAUCUGUCCGGCCAACUGGUUUGACUCAAAUAGGAUAGAAGGGUGUAACGAUGGUUACGUAUAUGAAAACACAUUUAGUGUUGCAUAUGAUUUCGAUAUGGCUUGUGACGAAUGGCGUCGAUCAUUAAUUGGUUCAAUGAGAACAUUUGGUACAUUACUGGUACUGCCUAUAACUGGAUACAUCUCUGACCACUGGGGACGUCGCGUGGCUCUGACGCUGAAUGCCUUCAACACCGGCUGGAUCGGGCUGGUCAGGUCUUUCGUCAAUUCCUACGAAUGGUUUCUGAUCCUUGAAGUUCUAGAAUCUACAGUUGGAGCGGGAGCUUUCUCUUCUUGUUAUAUUCUAGUUACGGAGUUAGUUGGGCCUAAAUACAGAGUAAUAGCUGGAGCGACGAUAUCAAGCAUGUUUGCACUGGGACAGGUCAUAUUAGGAUUUAUAGCUUGGGGAGUUCCCUCAUGGCGGCCCCUUACGCAGGUCGUAUACGCACCACAGCUGCUAGUUAUAUCAUACUUUUGGAUAUUAUCCGAGUCAGUCAGAUGGCUCAUGACCAAGAGUAAAUACGAAGAAGCUGAAAGAAUCUUAAUAAAAGUCGCGAAGACCAAUAAGAAAGAACUAUCUCUAAAAUCUCUUGAAGCAUUAAGAGACACAGCAGAGUAUGAGAAGACAGUAGAAAAACCGAAAGAACCGUGGCUACCGAUUCUUGUCUGCAGAUCAAGAGUGAUUCUUACAAGAUGCUUUGUGUCUCCGAUCUGGUGGAUAACCAACACUCUAGUCUACUAUGGAAUGUCUAUCAAUGCUGUCAAUCUGUCCGGAAACCGUUACCUGAACUAUGUGGCAGUGGCAGCCAUAGAAAUCCCUGGCUAUUGGACCGCCAUCCUCCUUCUGGACCGCGUGGGGAGAAAGCCUGUAUUAAUAUUUGGCUACUUUUUGUGUGCCGCGUGCCAGAUUGCGUUCGCUUUCAUACCAGCAGGUAACGACGGCGUCUCUCUCGCGGUGUAUCUGAUUGGCAAGUACAGCAUAGCUAUGGUGAUGACGUCAGUGUAUGUCUACACGGCGGAACUGUACCCCACACGCUACCUACAUAGUCUGUUCGCAUUCUCCUCGAUGAUUGGGAGAAUUGGCUCCAUAAUCGCACCGUUGACACCAGCUCUUGCCUCUGAAGUAUGGGAGCCAUUCCCAUCCGUAUUGUUUGGUAGUUUCGCUGCGCUCUCCGGUAUCCUUAUCUUCACCAUGCCGGAGACUCUGGGCACCAAGCUACCGGACACCAUGGAGGAUGCUGAACGGAUCGGCUCCAAGCAAACAUUAUGAUCUUAAUUAAUUCUAAUACGGCUUUCCAUAAUAUUUAG